UCCAUCAGAUAGCCUACAUGACAUUUGUGUACAAGACCGGGGCAGCAGCCAGACUCAUGGAUUGCACAGCAAAGAGAGUUCAACUACUCCUCUUCAUGACGCUGGUGGCGCACGUGGCGCGAGACGCUGAGGCCGUGACCUCCUGUUGCACGAGCACUUCGAGAUCCUGCAAAUUUUACGAGUUACUGUGCCGCACGGGAAGCCGAAACGAUACUUCCAUCGCUAGGCAUUUCGGUCGCUUUAAUAACGACGCUGCUGUCGGGAUUCUGACUCUUGGCAAACGUAAAGUGGGCGAGAGACGCGUCGAAGACCGCCUGCAGCAACUCUUGCACGGCUCACGGAAUCAAGCCGCGGGAAUCCUGACAAUGGGAAAGAGGUUCGAGGACGGCGGCCACCUGCCGCUCGUUCACGCGGGAGGGACCGAGAGCGCGCCCGUAAGACUCGGACUGGGGCGUCCGAUGAAAUAUCUGAUACCCACGGUACCAGAAGACGCGUAUGAAAAACGAUGACAUUUGUCAAUUUUAAAAGCCAGUCCAGCGCUGUUCAUUUUUGACGUCAAUUGCCAAUACGGGAGUUAGUGGGUUUUUAAAAUAGCCUUUUUGAUUUGAGUAAAAACUGUUUGUGGUUAAAAAUAGCUACUUGAAGAGACUUUAACGUUUUUUCGAUUAUAAAUCAUCACAUGUAUGCUGUAUGUUUUAUAAAAAAAAGUUGUACAGUAAUGUUUUGUUUACGUAACUUAGCCUAAAUAAAAAAUCAAUAAAAAAAAAAUUACAACUCUUGUGGCUUUACGAAAUCAGUUGCUUUCUAUAGUGAACAGUUAACCAGUGUCAGGGGGCUUUGUGAAAUUCUGUCAUUAAUAAAAAGCACAACUAAAUUUAAUAGAUGUUAAUGAUGCGCAUUUCAUUAAGUCUGAGGGCAGAAGCAUUAUCUUGUUUUAUUAAGAUGAUUUGUGAAUUUCAGAAAUUUGUAGUAUGUUUGCUGGUCAGCAGAUGGCAGGCGAUGUAAAUAAUUGUAAAAUACAAUAAA